ACUUCCAAUAUCCUGUUUCCUUAUACAAUCCUUUCCAGAUAAAUUGAUGCCAUCGUCUGCAGCCUGUAUCGACAGCAAAUUAUUCGAAGAUAGUGAAAAAUUUAUUAAACUUAUUACUGAUCUUAGUCGAACCUUAUUAACAGAAAUCGCAUACCAAAGUUUACCGCCAUCAGGCAUUCCUCUACCAAUCCCGAAGUUAAUUUAUGAAAGGACUUGGCAAAUGAAUUCAGAAUCAUUAUUACCUGUUGAAGUAUCCUUAAAUGGGUAUGAACAAACCUUUUCUUACAUGCGCUGGUAUCAAUAUGAAGAACAAUUCUUUGUUCUAAAUUCGUUAUAUACCUUACACGACGAGAUAAAAAAUAUAAUCGCUAAUUCAUAACAUUGUAAGGAGUAUUUUAAGUGGAGAUAUAUAAAAAUAAAAAUAUAUUCAAUAAUAUUAUUUCAAAUAUAAUGAAAUGUUGCUUAUGAUGAUCUGAUAAAAUCACGCAAUUUAGAUUAAAAAAUUGCGAACUGUACAUAACUUUAGAUUUUAAAACUAGAAGAACGUAAAUAUAGUAAAAUAUAUAGAUAUAGACCCUAAAUAUAACGCACGUACGUACGCGCGCAUACACACAUUUUAUAUACGUACUGCCAUGUUCAGUAAGAUACAUAAAGAAAGAAA